CCAGCUAAUUAAGCCACACCAAACUCCGAUUCAGAGAAGACGAUCGAAGACGAACAGAUUUUCCCCCUCUCGUUCUCUCAGUAAACAUCCAUCAGUUUCUCCUCCACGCCACACCGCACCUGGAGAAGACGAAGACGACAGUUCAUAGUUACGCAAAAUGUCCAAAGGAGGAAAAGUGUUGCUCCAACCUAGUUUUCUAUCAACUCAUUUCAUACCGGAUUAUGAGAAGAUAAAGAGGAACAAUAAGAUCUGUGAAUCUCAUGGGGUGAAGAGUAUUGCAACUCCUUUUGUGGGAUCGGUUCAGCAACGCAAACGUGUUACUGCUGAAAAUGGAAAGCGUACUAGGGUUGAGUUGGAGGAUGAUGGCUAUAGACUUUCACGUGAUGAGGAUGACCUUGGCCAUGACAGUGAGUCGGUUGACUCUUUUGAGCAGGCCUUGGAGAUGCCAAGAGGUUGUCAAAGAGCGCCACAGUCCCAUUCAAAGCCAGAAUCCUGUGCAACUAUGAUCUCCGAGAGGAUCACCCGAUCGACGCCACAACCUAACAUGGAUACCAAGGACCUACCACCUCCCAUUGUCCAGCCACAAAGUGAGGCAUUAGCUAACAACAAUGUCGUACACACUGUUAGACGCACUCGUGGGCCUAUGUGAGGCAAACUGGCACAAAGGGUCAUUGAUAAAGAUGGAAGGCUUAAAGUUCCCAUUCCACCACAGUUCCGUGCAGCGGUAGGGGAGCAUGCUUCUAAAUUGGUCUCAAAGAUUGGCUUUGAGGUUCGGACACAUGUGAUGGACCUUGGCAUCCGUAGGUGGAAGGCCUUGGAUGACAGUGUUAAAGGGCCUAUACUUCAGCGACUGAUGGAUAAGUUUGAUUUGCAAAGAGAUCCUAUUGAUGUUGAUAAGGCAGUGGCAACACAAUGUGGACGAAGAAUAAGCAACUACACCUAUAAGUUGAAGAAAAAAUACGAUAAGCUUGUAAAGGCAAAGGGGGCUGAGUAUGCAAGAAGCAACCCCCCAGGUGGUGUGAAGCCCGAACAGUGGACAAGCUUA